AUGCGUAUCCCAAUUUAUUCAGAUACUGAAAGCUUCAUAAAGCUAAAAAAGCAGCAUUUAUAUGAAAAGCUACAGCAGCAAGAAGACGAAGGGACAGCAGUACAUAAUAAUUUCAAAGUCCAAGCUAAAGAAAAAAAAGGUGAUAUCUAUGAAAAUAUGUCAAUUGAAAGCUUUAAGCAGAAGUACAUUUCGCAAAUUCCUCAUCUUGAAGAAAUAUGGACGGGACUCAGUGGCAUUGAAGGUGUAAGCAUGUUUGUCAAAAAAGAAGGCCUUACCAACUAUGGUCAAGUACUAGCGUCCGCAUGCAAAAAUAUUGCAACUUGCUACAACAACUUCUACAUAGAAAAUUUUGAAAACAUUAUCAGCAACUACUUCACAUAUAUGAUCCGUGCUGAAUUUCAGGACUUGAGAAUGCCUUAUAUCAAAAAUAUAAUAUUGUUUAAUGUGCAACUAUCAACUUUUCCAGAAAACAUUGGGAGUUCUGUGAAUAAAGAAACGCAAGACAAAAUUCGAAAAUAUCUAAACCCGCUGAUUGUAGAAAUCAAAAAUCGCUUACCACCAGCUCCUAUCUCAAAAGCGACAUUAAAUAAGGCCCCUUUCCAUAUAAUGCCAGUUUUUAGACAUAUAUUGUCUAAAUACGAAUCAAUAAUUGAAGCCGACCAGGAAGUAACAACAUCGAUACAAUUACCAUUGACUUUACCACAACAGUCCGAUUUAUUGCAACAAACUGAGGAUUCAAAUCAGUCACGGAAAAGGCCUAAAAAGAAGAAAUCAUCAAUAAAGAAUAAGAUCUCAAAUGCGCAUAAAGAUAAAGAGAAACGAUUCCAACCACCAAGGCUUUUCAGUUUAUUUCCGAAUCCAAGCUUAAAAUGGAGAAUCCGCCAAGUACAAGAGGAGACACCUUUUUCUUUCACACAAAGAUCUUUCUUUGAAUGCUUCAACUUCAGAAAAUUUAAAAUAAGUAGCGAAGAGAUCAAACAAUAUUUCAGGCCAUGUACAGUCGAUCCCAAUAGGAAGGAUGUUUUUACAUCAUACCAUGGCAAGAAUGAUGUAAGACGCCUCUCUAGCUCUGAGUAUUACAAUAUGAACGGAGUCAUCAAUCGUCAGAAACAAGAACUAGAAAGAAAGAAAAGUAACAACAUCGAAUAUAUUGAAACCAGAAUCCCUUCCCCAAAAACAACUGGCGCUGAAAACUAUAAAAGGCACAUAACAUAUAUGCUCCAACACUUUGAAGCCUUAGUCACUUUUUAUGACUUCCAAACUGCUAGAAUAAGGUGGUCCAACUAUAUCGGGAAACAGAAGGCUACGGAUCUUGCUAUCAAUAUUUUGAUUAACGAUUCCACAAAGUACAACAAAAACAGGAGAAAAAACACUAGGCGGAAUAAACAUAUUAAACUGCAACAAUUGCAAUAUCUUUUGGAACCGAGACGUCUUAGCAUCGAAGAGUAUGUUCAGACUAUUGCUAUUUCCAUUUGGAGGGGCAAUGGGUCACCAAGUGUCUUUCAAAGACAAAGCGCCACCUCCAAUGUGGUUGCUGCACCGUCAUCGGUGACAGCUUAAAGAUAAAUGAAGACAAAACAAAUUAUCUCUUCUAAACUUGUCUGAAAACUGAUUUCAUUUAUGUCUGAAUUUCCAUUUUAUUUCGUCUGUAAAAG